ACGUCACUUCCGGCAGUUCCGGUGGGGGCCGUGAGGCGGCGGGAUGAGACGAGGGGAGGUUCCUGCCUGACCCAGCUCAGCCACAGGAAAAUGGCCACCUCGGAGUGGCUGCGGUUCUUCGAGGACGCCGGGAUCCCGCCCGGCCCCGCCCUGGGCUACGCCGUGGCCUUCGUGGAUAACAGGAUCCACAAGAACAUGCUGCUGGAUCUCACCAAGGAGCUGAUGAAGGAGCUGGGCAUCACCGUGGUGGGCGACAUCAUCGCCAUCCUGCGCCACGCCAAGGUGGUGCACCGGCAAGAAAUGUGCCGGGCGGCCUCGGAGUCGCUGCAGCCGAGCGAAGGAGGGAGGGCGAUCGAUCGGGAUCGACCCCGGGAUCCACCCCGGGAUCACUCCCGGGAUCCACCCCGGGAUCACCCCCGGGAUCACCCCCGGGAUCACCCCCGGGAUCACCCCCGGGAUCUCUCCGGGGCCGCCGGCAGGAUGAUCACCAACAGCCUGAGCCGGGAUCCCGCCCCCCGCAACCCCCGGAAACCGCCCGGCGCCGGCAUCUCCGUCACCGUGGCCAACGGCGCCGCCGAGGCCGCGGUGCCGGAGGCGCCGUCGGUUCCGUCCAAGCGCCGCCGCGUCACGGCCGAGAUGGAGGGGAAGUACGUGAUCACCCUGCCCAAGGGCACCACGGCCCGGAGCCGGAAAAUCCUGCAGCUGCAGGCGGCCCGAGGUCUGUCCCGGCCGUCGGUGUUCGAGCGCCUCGGGGCCGAGGCCAAGGCGGCGGCCGGGAAGCCCUCGGGGGUGUUCAGCCGCCUGGGGGACGCCCUGGACGGCGCCGAUCCGGCCGAUCCCGGCGAUCCCGGCGACGCCGAGGCGCUGCCCUACGCCGGCGUGCUGAAGAAGCGCCGGGAAUGUUCCGGAACCGCCGGCGCUGCCGCCGCCGCCGCCGCCUGUGGCGAGGCGCAGGACGGGGCCGUGUCCAGCUCGGUGCCCUGGGGCUGCGGGAGGGUCAGCAGCUCCUCCUGCGGCGCCUCCUGCGGCUCCAGCAGCGUCUUCCGCAGGCUGGGGAGGAAACCCGACUGAGACCCGGGAUCCACUGGGAUCUACGGACUGAGAUCCGGGAUCCUGGGAUCCACUGGGAUCUACGGACCGAGAUACGGGAUCCUGGGAUCUACUGGGAUCUACGGACUGAGAUCUGGGAUCCUGGGAUCCUCUGGGAUAUAUGGUCUGAGAUCUGGGAUCCUCUGGGAUAUAUGGACUGAGCUGGGGGAUCCUGGGAUUCUCUGGGAUAUAUGGACUGAGAUUCAGGAUCCCCUGGGAUCUAUGGAUUGAGCUGGGGGAUCCCGGGAUCAUCUGGGAUCUACAGACUGAGAUCUGGGAUCUACGGACUGAGCUGGGGGAUCCUGGGAUUCCCCUGGGAUCUAUGGACUGAGAUUCGGGAUCCUGGAAUUCUCUGGGAUCCCCCCAAAUACAUAGACUGAGAUCUGGGAUGUGUGGACUGAGAUCAGGGAUCCUGGGAUCCCCUGGGAUCUACAGAGUGAGAUCUGGGAUCCCCUGGGAUCUAUGGGCUGAGCUGGGGGAUCCCGGGAUCCUCUGGGAUCCAUGGACUGAGAUCUGGGAUCUCCUGGGAUCUAUGGACUGAGCUGGGGGAUCCUGGAAUCCUCUGGGAUAAAUGGACUGAGAUCUGGGAUCUCCUGGGAUCUACGGACUGAGCUGGGGGAUCCUGGAAUCCUCUGGGAUCUAUGGACUGAGAUCCGGGAUCCCCUGGGAUCUAUGGACUGAGCUGGGGGAUCCUGGGAUCAUCUGGGAUAUACAGACUGAGAUCUGGGAUCUCCUGGGAUCUACGGACUGAGCUGGGGGAUCCUGGGAUUCCCCUGGGAUCUAUGGACUGAGAUUUGGGAUCCUGGAAUUCUCUGGGAUCCCCCCAAAUACAUAGACUGAGAUCUGGGAUGUGUGGACUGAGAUCAGGGAUCCUGGGAUCCCCUGGGAUCUACAGAGUGAGAUCUGGGAUCCCCUGCGAUCUAUGGGCUGAGCUGGGGGAUCCUGGGAUUCCCCUGGGAUCUAUGGACUGAGAUCUGGGAUCCCCUGGGAUCUAUGGAUUGAGCUGGGGGAUCCCAGGAUCAUCUGGGAUCUACAGACUGAGAUCUGGGAUCUCCUGGGAUCUACGGACUGAGCUGGGGGAUCCUGGGAUCCUCUGGGAUAUAUGGACUGAGAUCUGUGAUCCCCUGGGAUCUACGGACUGAGCGGGGGGAUCCCAGGAUCCUCUGGGAUCUAUGGACUGAGAUCAGGGAUCCUGGGAUCUACAGACUGAGCUGGGGGAUCCUGGGAGUGGGAAUCCUGUUGGGAUUGAUCUCAGGGAUCUGCUGGGACUGGCAUGGGGGGAAUCCCAGAACGGGAAUCCUGCUGGGACUGAUCCUGGGAAUCCUGCUAAGAUUGAUCCCAGGAAUCUUGGGAGUGGGAAUCCUGUUGGGAUUGAUCCCAGAGAUCUGCUGGGACUGAUCCAGUGGAUUCCCUGGGAAUGCACAGACUGAUCCCAGGAAUCCUGGGAAUUUUGGAAAUGGGAAUCCUGCUAAGGAAAUAGGGGAUCCCAGGGAUCCUGGGAGUGGGAAUCCUGCUGGGAUUGAUCCCAGGAAUCCUGGGAAUGGGAAUCCUGCUGGGAUUGAUCCCAGGGAUCCCAGGAAUGGGGAUCCUGCUGGGACUGAUCCAGUGGAUUCCCUGGGAACGCACAGACUGAUCCCAGGAAUCCUGGGAAUGGGAAUCCUGCCGGGACUGAUCCCAGGAAAUCCCAGGAAUUGAGGAGAUCCCACCAGGAAUCGCUGUUUGAUCCCUCAGGAAACAAAAAUCCCGCUGGAUCCCCUGGAAAAGGGAGGGAUCCCCCCAAAAUCAUCACCUGAUCCCUGAAAAAAGGGUGGAUCCCAAGGGAAUCCCAUUGGAAACCCCCAAAUUCCUGGUGGAUCCCACCUGCAGAUCCACUGGAGCAGCGAGGCCAAACCAGCACCAAAAUCCCAACUUUUUUUUCCCAAUUUUUUACCCCAAAAUUUGGGGGUGCAGACACGGAGAAUCCCACCCAGAGGUGGAUUUUUAUUCCCAUUUUCCUGUUUUUUUUCCCACUCUGCAGGAAUUUUCCUCCUUUAUUUUCUUUACUCCACAAAUAAUCCCUUGGUGGGGGGGGGAGGGGAAUUUUGGGAGCA